AUGCCUUUCACUUCUUGCGGACUCAUCAUCGGAAAGAGUGGAGCCAUGCAGAAGGCCAUUGCUGAAAGAACAGGUGUCACGGUCAAGGUCACGCCACAGGGCAAGAACGUCGUGCCGAAUGAAAGGAUCGCGACGCUCCAGGGCGCCCUGAUGGCCGUGAACGCCGCAGCGACGCAGGUCUUCCGUCUCAUACAGGGGGACACAUCUCUCGGCACUCACAUGGAGACGCCUGCGGAGAGCGCCAACUACGGCAACUUUCACCCGCAGGGCCUUCACCCGCAGGCGCAG